CUCUUCUUCCUCACCGGAAAGUUCACUUCCGCCACCACACUCUCCUUCACAGCUCGUUUGCCACAAGACACACCCUGCCCGCUCCAUCCUCUGUUGGCGAGCUGGCGAAGGUGGCUGCCAUGGCGAUGGAGAAGGCGGACGGCAAGGAGCGGGAGAAGAUCGAGGCCGUGCGCAAGGCCAUGCGCAAGCAGGCGCCGCUCACCGCCAAGCAGGCGGUGUACUGCAACGACGCGUGCGUGGAGCGGUUCCUCCGGUCGCGCGGCGACAGCGUGAAGAAGGCGGCGAAGCAGCUGCGGGCCGCGCUGUCCUGGAGGGAGACCAUCGGAGCAGAUCACAUCAUCGCCGACGAGUUCUCCGGCGAGCUGGCGGACGGCAUGGCCUACGUCGCCGGCCACGACGACGAGAACCGCCCCGUCGUGGUGUUUCGGAUCAAGCAGGACGACUACCCCAAGUACCAGCCUCAGAAAUCGUUCGUGCGGUUCCUGGUGUUCACGCUGGAGGUGGCGGUGGCGUCCAUGAGCCGCUUCGUGGACCAGUUCGUCCUCCUCUUCGACGCAAGCUUUUUCCGGUCGGCGUCGGCCUUCCUCAACCUGCUCAUGGGCACGCUCAAGAUCGUCGCCGACUACUACCCCGCCCGCCUCCACCGCGCCUUCGUCAUCGACCCGCCAUCCCUCUUCUCCGUCAUGUGGAAGGGAGUGAGGCCGUUCGUGGAGCUGGCGCCGGCGACGGCCACAGUGUGCUCGCUGGACUUCGAGGACUCGCUGGAGGACGCCUCCUUCACCGCCUACCCGCGCACGGCCUCCCUCCGCUUCGAGCCGUCAGGGGCAGCCAUCCUCACCACCAUGCCGAAGCCGGGCGGCGGCGGCGGCGUCGUCGGAUCCGCCUCCUCGCGCUUCGCGUUCAGCGUAUCCGACAACGCGCUCAAGCCGUGGUACCUCUCCACCACGCCGGCGGCGGCGCCCCUGGCAAACCCGCGCUCCGUCGUGCCCUCCUCCAGCCCGUCCCUCGUCGGCGCGUCCCCGCUCUCCGCGCGCUCCUUCUCCUUCGCCUCGCCCGCCACGCGCACCACCCCCGUCCAGCACCACCGCGCGCCGCCCACGCCGUCCGCCGCCGCCAAGGCACACAACAAGACGACCCCCGCUCCGGCCCCUCUGUCGACGCCUCCUCAACCGCAGCAGUUCCCGAGGACGCCGCGCCCGUCCUUCCUGCAGUCGCCCUUCACGUUCCGCAAGGACGGGCAGGGCGUGCGCCGCGUCGAGCGCGAGCGCGACUCCUUCCUGCCAUUCCUCCGCUUCUACCGACGCCCCUACGACGAGAUCUCCUACCGCGCCAGGAUGCGCCCGCCGCUCGGCGGCCUCAUCGCCAUCGUCGACGACAAGUUCAGGCACAAGCCGGCUCAGCAGCAGCAGCAGCCGCGCCGGCACGCCGCGGUGCUCCACCACCAUCACCAGUACCAGCAGCACCACCACCACCAUCACAACCACCAGCACCAGAGGAUCUGAUCACACCCGUGCUGCCAUGACGUGCUGGCCGGCCGCCUGGAGCCCCUGAACCCGAGAAAGCGAUCGAGCGUCUUCGAUCUCCAUACAGCUUACAACAUAAUCCAAUGCUAUAUCUUGCUAAGUUAAAUCUUUUUUUGGCAACAUUUCCCCAGCCCCAGUAGUAUCUAGUAUGCGUAUGAUACCUUUCUUCAUCAUUGAGCCAAUGUAAAAUAACAUCCCUGAAAUUGUGAGUAAAAUCGGCCCCCUUUCUGCUC